UCUGGAUUAUCCUGAUGGCAUUAUUACAAAUGGAGUCCUAGUGGCACGUGAGGUUUCCCGUUUGGAGGUUAGAGUGGAUACAGGGAAGCUGAAGCAGCAAUCCACAAACCAGGAGCUUACAUUUACAGUGAAAGGAUCUCAUGAAGGAAGCCAGAAGAUUUUGCUGGACUCUGACCCCAGCCUUAGGAUCAUAGUAUUUCACUGCGUCAUAAAUGACCAGACAAGACUGGAUAUCACAUUACCAGAAGAGCUGGCAGAUAAAAAUGAAACGGAGAAAUCUGGGGUCCUUUCUUUCCCUCUGAAUUCACUCCCUUUGCAGAAGGAAAUAAUAGUAGAAGAGGAUCAUUCCUUUGACUUGUGCUUGACAGCAAGAAAAUGCUCAGGAGACCUGGAUGUGCGUUUGGGGUUUAGUCUGUGCAUGGAAGAGCAGGACUUCCUGCGGAAAAGGAAGAAAUAUGUUGCUGCUGCUCUGAAAAAGAUUCUUCGUUUGGAGGAGGAUCUGAAAGAGCAUGAGGUGCCGGUGGUGGCCAUCACGACAACUGGGGGAGGGACGAGAUCACUGACAGCGAUGUAUGGCAGCCUGCUGGGUCUCCAGAAACUCAAUCUGUUAGACUGCAUUUCCUACAUCGGUGGUUUAUCGGGUACCACAUGGACAAUGGCAAACUUAUAUGAAGAUGCUAAUUGGUCACAAAAAUAUCUGGAGGAUGCAAUCAAGGAAGCUCGCAAGCAAGUAACCAAAUCCAAGAUCUGCUGUUUUUCUUUGGAUUGUCUUAAGUACUAUUAUAAUGACCUGAUGGAGAGGACUAAAGAAGGACAUAAUACUUCUUUCAUAGACCUUUGGGGGCUUGUCAUUGAAUCCAUGCUACAUGAUAAGAAAGAUGAGCAUAGACUCUCGGACCAACGACAGGCUGUGGAUAAUGGUCAGAACCCAUUGCCCAUCUAUGUGGCCAUCAACCUCAAGUCCAGCUAUAGUGCUCAGGCAUUCAGAGAGUGGCUGGAGUUCACUCCUUAUGAAGUCGGUCUCCUGAAAUACGGCGCAUCUGUUCGCGCAGAACAUUUUGGAAGUGAAUUCUUUAUGGGAAGGCUGGUGAAGAGGCUCUCAGAGACUCGGAUAUGCUACAUGCAAGGCAUGUGGAGUAGUAUAUUUUCCAUAGAUGUGAUGUAUGUCUGGAAUUUGGCUACUGAUUCAGAGGACUUCUGGUGUAGAUGGACCAGAGACAGAGUAAAAGAUAUUGAGGAAGAACCCUUUCUGUCCAUGAAUCCCUAUGAGGUAGACACAUGUCUAUUCACUCCCUCAAGCGCCCUCUCCUCUGCUCUGCGAGAUGUCUUAACAGGACGCCCAACCAUUGCACAGUACCCCAAUUUUAUCAGAGGCUUCCAGAUGCAUAGCAAGUACCUGGAGAGUGAAGGAUUUUCUACCUGGAAAGGCACAGUAACACAAUGUUUCCCAAAUAAACUGAUGGAAACAGCAGACGAUGAGCUCUCCCUGGUUGAUACUGGUUUUUUCAUCAAUACCAGCUACCCCCCACUUUUGAGAUCAAAGAGGGAGGUGGAUGUCAUCCUGCAUUUGAAUUACAGUGGAGGGUCCCAGACACUGCCUCUGGAUCAGAUUGCAAAGUACAUCUCGGGGCAAGGAAUUCCAUUUCCCAAAAUUGAGAUAAGUGAGGAAGACAGGGAAAACUUGAAGGAGUGCUAUGUGUUUGAAGAUGCUGAAAGUCCACAUGCUCCAACAGUGCUUUUUUUCCCCCUAGUAAAUGACACCUUCAAGAAAUAUAAAGCUCCUGGUGUGGAAAGGAGUCCUGAAGAGAUGGCUGAAGGCAAAGUUGAUGUCUCCACCAUCCUCUCCCCAUUUACAACAAGGGAAGUGUGUUUCAGUGAAGAGAAUUUUGACAAACUGGUGAAUCUGACUGAUUACAACAUCCUGAAUAAUGAGAAGUUGAUUAUUCGCGCCUUGCACUUGGCAGUGGCACGGAGGAAGCAGCGGAAUUAUUAG